AGCAACAGUUGGCCCCGCCGCCGCCGCCGCCCAGCAUGAAAGUGUGCCGGCGGAAAGCGCUGGCGCUUUGCCUGGGCUACGCGCUCCUGCUGCUCCUCGCCGCCCUCAACCUGCUGGAGUACAAGUGGCGGCGGGAGCCGCGGCGCUGCGGGGAGCCCCCGGCCGUCCCCCGCCAGCGGCCCCCUCCGCCGCCGGCCGGGAGCAGCGCUCCGCAGAGCGGGCGGAGGCAGCUGGUGUACGUAUUCACCACCUGGCGCUCCGGGUCGUCCUUCUUCGGGGAGCUCUUCAACCAGAACCCCGAGGUGUUCUUUCUCUACGAGCCCGUGUGGCACGUCUGGCAGAAGCUGUAUCCCGGGGACGCCGUCUCGCUGCAGGGAGCGGCCCGCGACAUGCUGAGCUCCCUGUACCGCUGCGACCUCUCCGUGUUCCAGCUGUACAGCACGGCGGGCGCCGGGAAGAACCUGACAACGCUGGGCAUCUUCGGGGCGGCCACCAACAAGGUGAUCUGCUCGUCCCCCCUGUGCCCGGCCUACCGCAAGGAGGUGGUGGGCAUGGUGGACGACCGCGUGUGCAAGAAGUGUCCCCCGCAGCGCCUCAGCCGCUUCCAGGAGGAGUGCCACAAGUACCGCACGCUGGUCAUCAAAGGCGUGCGCGUCUUCGACCUGGCCGUCCUCGCCCCGCUGAUGCGGGACCCCACCCUGGACCUCAAAGUCAUCCACCUGGUGCGGGACCCGCGGGCGGUCGCCAGCUCCCGCAUCAAAUCCCGACACGGCCUCAUCCGGGAGAGCCUGCAGGUGGUGAGGAGCCGCGACCCCCGCAUCCACCGCAUGCCCUUCCUCGACGCCGGCCACAAGCUGGGCGGGAAGAAGGACGGCGGGGGCGGCUCGGACUACCACGCCCUGGGUGCCAUGGAGGUCAUCUGUAGCAGCAUGGCCAAGACCCUGCAGACUGCCCUGCACCCCCCGGACUGGCUGCGGGGCAACUACAUGGCUGUGCGCUACGAGGACCUGGUGAUGGAGCCCAUCAAGACCCUGCGGCAGGUGUACGGCUUUGUUAACCUGGCGGUCAGCCCGGAGAUGGAGAAGUUCACCCUCAACAUGACCAGUGGCCCCGGCUAUUCCUCCAAACCCUUUGUGGUAUCGGCCCGGAAUGCCACGCAGGCGCUGAGCGCCUGGAGGACUGCGCUCAGCUUCCAGCAGAUCAAGCAGGUGGAGGAGUACUGCCAGCAGCCCAUGGCCCUGCUGGGCUACGAGCGGGUUGGCAGCCCCGAGGAGGUGAAGGACCUAAGCAGAACGUUGCUCAGGAAGCCGCGGCUGUGAGCGGGCAGCGCUAUGUGGCCGAGCCCCUCUGGGCUGGUGGAAGGGUGGGGGUCAGGAGAGGGUUCUGGGUUCCUCCAAAGACUGCUGAAGGGUAACAUGCAGUAGUAAUGUGAUGAUUUCUGGUUGUUUUUUUUUUUUCUUUUUUCUUUCUUUUUUUUUUCUUUCUUUUUUUUUCCUUUUCUUCACUUGCAAUGGGUUAGAUGUGAUUUAAAACAGAAAAUAAAGUGGAACUGAAAAUGAGUGGAAGCUCCCUUUCCCCUUCUCUAAAAUGUCGGGGGAGCCUCCUACCAAAACCUUAUUUAUGGAGUUCGUGUGGGCUGAAAGGUGAUAGCAAAAACUCCGGCACAAUUUCUCAUCCAUUUAUGUCUCCCUGGGUGGAGAGGAGAUGCCCUUGGGAAGCGAUGCUGAAAAUCAGGCUUUUGUGUGGAAGUAAGUGUUAAGACAUGAGAGUAACAAACAAUAAAUGAUAUUCAUUUUUAUAAUUACCUCAAUUGUUUGGGAAUUACAGCGUUUCUGAUGUACAGCUAGAGGGGAGGCUUGCUUGGAAUAGCACCGAGGGCUUUUUUAAGGUUAUGGGCAGAGGGCUGGAGUGUAACAUUGAUGUGUCCGAAGAUCGGAAGCUGUUCGUGCACAAACAGGGAUGGACUCACAGAUGCAGUGCGGGUUCUGUAGCUGUGUCAGAGCAGGCUUCUAUUUAACAACUGUCUUUUGUUGUUGUAUUUAAAAAGUCUUCAAGUGCCACUGUAUUAGCGUCCUAAGAGUUCUGAAGUGUUUGCCACCAGAGCAGUAUUUAUUUUUGUCUUGAUAUGUAUGCCUGGGAGUCACCGUCAAACCGAAGUGUGACAAAACUGCAGGAUUUAAAAAGACAUUUAUCAUACUGGAAACAUUAGCAUGUGUGAAAACAAUUAAAAUUAUAUAUAGUA